AUGACUUAUGAAGAGUAUGAGAAACAUAUUGAGGCUCUGUCUACAUCAAGUUUAUUAGUCAUGGAGAGACGACCACAGGACUGCUGGGUUAAUGGCUACAAUCCAAUGUUAAGAGCUUGGAAUGCAAACAUGGACAUACAGUUCAUUCUGAACCCCUACAGCUGUAUCAUGUACAUGCUCUCGUACAUUUCAAAAGCUGAACAUGAGAUGAGUGAUUACCUAAAGAGAGUGAUAAAAGACUCAAGCCAUGAUAACCUGUCUGAUCGUGAGUGCAUGAAGCAGGUCAUGAAUGCCUAUUCAAAGAACAGAGAAGUCAGUGCUCAAGAGGCAGUCGCUCGCACAUGCAGUCUGAAACUGAAAUCAUCAUCACGUUCUGUCAUUUUCAUACCCACUGAUGACAAUGCUGUAAAGAUGAGUUUACCAAUGAGGUACUUGCAGACCAUGGAUGAUGACGUAGAGAAUGUGUGGAUGACAGGAUUGCCAGACAAGUACAAGGCCAGACCAAACAGACCUGAAUUUGAGAACAUGUGCAUGGCUGAAUUUGCAAGUGAAUACCGCAUUGUUUAUGGAGGACAGACAAAAGGUAAAAAUGUUUUGCCACUUCAAAAAAAUAUGGGACACAUACAGAAAAGAACAAGGGGAAAGCCUGCUGUUAUUAGAUUUGCUCGUUUUUCACAGCAGAAAACCCCAGAAAAAUUCUAUGGAACUCUAGUAAAGCUUUACCUACCAUAUCGCAGAGAUGAACAGCUGAAGUCCACAAGAUUCCCGACAUAUGAAUCAUUUUAUGCAUUUGCUUCAGUAAAACUACCAGGCACUGAUGAACUGCAACGUGUGUUCAACAUUGUAAAUGAAAACCGUGAGAAAUAUGAAAAACAUAAUGAGGCUAUAGAAAAGGCAAUUGAGGAUUUUGAACAGAAUGGGCCAAUUGAAGAUGCAUGGACUACACUGGCACCUGCAAAUGAACUGAUCAGAUUGGAAAGCAUUAUGGAGCGCGAACCCACUGAUCCUAAUGAAGUGAAUGAGCAAGAAGACAUUCCUGAAUACACAGCAUCUACCUCUGUGCCACCACUUGGAAGAGCAAAACCACUCUGUGUGUAUGAGGACCAUGUGCUGGACUUCUGGAAAGAUAAUUUUCAGAUGAUAACACUGACACAGAUAAUGAGGCAGAGAGAUGAUCUUGCAUAUGCUGAGCUUCUCAACCGUCUCAGGGUGAAACAGAAGCACGCAAAACUGACUGAUGCAGACAAGUGCAUGCUAGAAGCGGUCAUAAGAUCCUCCCCUGAAGAGUGUCCUAUUGAUGCAUUACACAUCUAUGCAACCAAUAAAGAGAAUGUUACUGACCUGGAAUAUUUGGUUAUGAAGAUAAAAGCCCCCAAACAAGCACUUCUUGCAGUGAUCUACAGACCACCCAGUUAUAAUUUAGCAGACUUUUUGGCAAACCUGAAUGCCCUCUUGACAUCUCUGGAGAUCAUGGAUUUCAAGCCCAUCAUAGUGUGUGGAGACUUCAAUGAAGAUCAGCUGUCUCAUCACAACAAACCUAUUCUCAAUUUGUUUGAAGAUAAAGGAUACACGUAG